CCUUGUGGUCCAGCUCGCUGCGGAGCGCCCCAGACCCCUCGGCCCUCGCUCGUCUUCCUCCUCGCGCACGACUGGAUUCCAGUAGCGCAAGCGCCGCCGCCGCCUCCCGUUGAUUCCCCCUUCGAUUCUAUCGCUCCGACCGUUUCUCCUCCCACCACCCCACGAAUUGAUCCUGCCCUGUAUCUCCCCGUUUCAUCUCCGCUAAUUCGUAACCGAGGCAAAAAAAUCAAGGUAGGGCGGACGCCCUAGCUUGCCCUACUGGGUCCUCCGCCCGUGCCGCGGGCCACAAGCAUGAGCAAAGGCGGUGGAGGUGGGAGCUGGAGAAUGAACGGAGGCGAAUUCGGGCGGGCGGUGGCGAGGGCGGCCGUGGCACAGAUGCUGCAGGCAGCGGGCUUCACCUGUGCGCACCGCUCGGCGGUGGACGCGCUCGUCGACGUCCUCCUACGCUACAUAUGCCACCUCGGUAGCGCUGCUACUUUCCACGCCAACCUUGCCGGCCGCGCCAUCCCCAACGAGUGCGAUGUGGUACAGUUCCUCGAGGUAUCGGGCGCCGCGUACCAGGGCUUCGCGGGGGCCUCCUCUGCCUCAAGCCGCUGCCUCGUCAACUCUGAUGUCAUCAGGGAUAUCAUUAUGUUUGCUGGCGCGGCUGAUGACAAACCCUUCAUGAGGCAGCUGCCCAGAUUUCCGACACAGCACACGCUGCCGCAGUCGUCUUUGAGUUUCGCGGCGUUGGGUAGGGAGAGUGGGAUGAAGCAUGUACCGGAGUGGCUCCCAGCCUUUCCGGAUCCUCGCACGUAUUUGAGGACCGAGGUGUUGAGCGAGAAGGUUAACGAGGCCACGGUGGACGAGGUGCAGCAGCUGCGCCAGCAGAUGAAGGCUGAGAAGUCGCUGCUCAGCUUGCAACAGCGUCUGGCACUAGCAGGUGCUGAUGGGUUCCGACCUACAGCGGUGGAGGAUGGUGCUGGAAAGGGGAAGGAACUAGAUGUAGUUGGGAUCAAGAGCAAUCCAUUUCUUGACUCAGCAUUCCCUUAUGGGGAGAAGAAGGUGUCAGAGGUAGCCGUGCCAAAUGUGGGGAAUAAACUCUCUGUCCUAGAGGCCUUUGCACCUGCAUUUGCGGAAUCAGAAGGUGAAAAACUUGAUGAGGCAAGGCACAAGGAUCAAGCUCGAUGUCAGAAGAGGAUACUUCCAAAGGAGAGGCCACCGGUGUACUUUAGGAUGGGGAUUAAUAGGAAGUCAAUUGUGAUGACAUUGAAUUCGAGAGCCUUGGAGGACCGUGAAGGUCCCUUUUUCCUGAAGGAUGAUCGAAAGCGGAGGGCACGGCUGAUACUAGCGGAAGCAAUGGACAACCCACAGGAACAUACUCAACUGUAGUAUUCUUCCUACAUGUGUCAAGUCAUGGGGAAUUGGGGACAACACUAAGGACCUUUGAGGUUCAUGAUGGAGCAGGACAUGCUGAUAUCUUGAGCCAUCUAUUGCUAUAAUCUGCCAUGCGGCCUUCAUCCUGUUGGAAGUCACCUGCUUGAUUGAGCAGUGGCACCAUGCUUGUAGUCCAGGUUUCCCUCGGUGAUCUGUGAGAAGGAGCAUCCCGCCAAGAGAUCGAGGGCGAGAUACAAGGAGCUGAUAGUGCACUGCAUGUAUAGAUUGCAUUAUCUAACGGAAUCUGCCAGCAGGUCAUGAGUUGUGAUGUACUCCCUCUGUCCCAUAUUAAGUGACUUUCUAUUACAUGUAUCUAGACGCAUUUUAGACAUAGAUACAUCCAUAUUUGUGGAAAUUUGAGUCACUUAAUAUGUGACGGAGGGAGUACCAUGAUUAACUCAAUCUGUAGUUCUACAUGAAAAGAAUUGCCUUCUAUGAGCACAACCUGGUGACUGAGUAAAUUGGUAACAUAUUUUUCAUGGAAAAGUAGUAGGGCGUCUUGAGGCCUUGAGGGGAUCCCGAAAAUUAGAGACCAUAGAAGAGUGUGUUGGGUUCUUGGGUAAAGUUGAAGGGAAGAUGUCCAGAACUCUGGUUUAUGACAAGUACAAAACUGACGACUCAGAUGAGCUUUGCUGCUGAUCAAAACGUUUCUCACUUGUGGAGAGGGUGACGCUAAUCAAAACGUUUCUCACUUGUGGAGAGGGUGAUGCUGAUCUGAAGACUGAAGGGUGGUAGUUGGGAAAUGCAUUUUGGGAAGAUUUAUGGUUGGGAAAUUUAAAUGCUUGCGCUGCUGAUAUUAGGGAUGGUGAUCAAGUUAAUUUUAGUUUCUUGGAAGUUUCCUGAAACUCUAUAGAUUGAUUUGACACUGGAACUUUGACAUACGAAGAUGACGCUCACAUUUGACGACACGUGAAAAUACGGUUUACCCUUCUCAUCUU